AUGGGGGAUGUAGCGGAUAAGUUGGCCUACUUUCAAGCCAUCACCGGUAUCGACGACGCAGAUUUGUGCACAGAAAUCCUCUCCGCCCACAAUUGGGACCUCGAGCUGGCUAUCUCAUCGAUCACGUCCACUGGCGCCAACGGAACCUCCUCUUCUUCACCCUCGUCAGCUACCGCCACCGCCACCGCCACCGCCACCGCCACCGCCACCGCUACCGCUGCCCCUUCUCGGACGAAUCAGGAGCCGGAAGACGUUGGCCUUGUCUUGGCCCCUAACGGCAUCAACAAUCAGCCCCCGGGUCUCGCUUGGAAAAUCAUCACCCUCCCCUUCUCCAUCGUCUCCGCUAGCCUAGGGUUGAUUUCCGGCGCAAUUGGGUUGGGCGUGUGGGCCGCGAGCGGCGUCCUGUCAUAUUCUCUGGGCAUGGUUGGACUGAAUGGCUCUUCACGGGUCGGGACGAGCCAUCUGGUGCAGGUGUCCCAGUCGGCCUCCGAGGCAAUGGAUUUUGUGUCGGGUUUCGAGAGGGAUUAUGGAAGGGUGAGGCCUAAUUUCGUGGCCGAGGGUUUCAUGGACGCAUUGCAGAGGUCCCGGCACGAGUACAAGCUGCUUUUUGUGUACUUGCACUCGCCCGAGCAUCCGGAUACCCCCCUCUUUUGCCAGGGGACUCUUUGCAAUGAGAUGCUGACAGCGUUCUUGAAUGAGAAUUUCGUGGCGUGGGGCGGGAGUGUGAAGGCUAGUGAAGGGUUCAAGAUGAGUAAUAGUCUGAAAGCUUCCAGGUUCCCAUUCUGCGCUGUUGUUAUGGCAGCAACCAACCAGAGGAUCGCAUUGCUGCAGCAGGUCGAGGGACCAAAAUCUCCUGAAGAGUUGUUAACAGUAUUGCAGAGAGUGCUCGAGGAAAGUGCUCCUGUUCUUGUUUCAGCAAGGGUUGAAGCUGAAGAGAGAAGGAACAAUAUGCGCCUGAGGGAGGAGCAGGAUGCUGCCUAUCGAGCAGCACUCGAGGCUGAUCAAGCUAGGGAGCGGCAGAGGAAGGAAGAGAUGGAAAGAUUGGAGCGUGAAGCUGCUGAAGCUGAGAGGAAAAGGAAAGAAGAGGAAGAGGCUCGCGAACGUGCUGCUAGAGAGGCUGCUGAGAGAGAAGCUGCUUUGGCUAAGAUGCGUGAGGAGAAAGCUCAGUCACUUGGUGCCGAGCCUGAGAAAGGGCCUGAUGUUACUCAAGUAUUGGUUCGCUUCCCGUCUGGACUGCGCAAAGAGAGAAGGUUUCAUUGCACUGCAAAAAUACAAUCCUUGUAUGACUAUGUGGACUCAUUAGGUUGCUUGGAUGUGAAUAACUACAGCCUCGUUUCCAAUUUUCCCCGCACUCUGUAUGGUCAAGACAAGCUUUCUUUGUCCCUCGAGGAAGCUGGAUUACAUCCUCAGGCCAGCCUUUUUGUGGAGUUGAACUAG